UCCUUGAGGCUAAAAUAUAAUUUGUUGACGAGGUACAUGACUUUAUGAGUUUCAGUUCAUUGUCUUCCGCUGAGUGCCGAGUGGAAGAUGUAUAGAAGCUCGAGUCUACUUCUCAGAGCGUUUUUUCGGCAACGACAUGGACUUUGGUCACAAAGCUUUCUGGGAAUCCCUAGUCAAGAAGCGUGCUGAAGUCGAAAGAUUAAUGUACUACGUCGAGACGCGGGCUUAUCAACUCAUCCUACAGGCACAGAACGCGCUUUGGGUCUUGGAUCGCGACCCUGAUGUGCACGAAUCAGCAGACUGUUCAGGCUAUGGCGACGAGUCCCUUGGUCGUGACGCAUCUUUCCACUCCAUAGAGAGCGACCGAGGUGCAACUGUCGAGGAUCCUCUAGAGGCAGUACUGCGCGAGAAGGCGGUAGAAUUCCUGGAGAAGAUUAGAUUCCGUCUGGCCCGCUAUUGCGCUCCUUCCACCUCGAAGUACCACGACGAACGACUAGAAGUCAUAUAUGCCUACGUGCGCCGCGGAAUUUUUACAGAGCCAGCUCUUAUGUUCCUAUCCCAGAGCUACGAUAGCGUCAUGGCACUUCUCAGCGAUGAUAACCUGGACUUGGUGACCUUGGAAAAGAUCUGGAAUGCUGUCAAAAAUUUGUGUGUCCACGAUAUCAGAGAUGCGGUGGACGACGUUCUGCGGGCCAACGGCGAAGGCGACUACAUCGUAGUCUUGGGGGGCAAAGUGUUCAAGGACGCCAGUGGGGAGGAGUGGCCUUUGCACGCCUGGGGUCAUAUGAUGGCAAUUUAUCAGUGUUACUCCUGCCUCCGUACGACGUGUAAGACGGUGGACGAAAUCAUUGCCAUGACUCGACUUGCCCUGUUUUCUGAGGCACCCCUCUCCCAAGGGUGUCUGAAGUACGACUACGGCUUCCACGGUGCGAAAGAACUGAUCUUGGCGGGGUUCAUUCCCAGUGACAUACCGCUCUCCUCACCCCGACACUCCCUCAUCUGCACGGAUAGCGGCUCCCAGUCUUUCGGGCCCAUCUGGGAAGAGACGAAGCGCAACCUGUCCCUGUACGCCGCCCUAUCUCUAAACGAUGCCAAAGCACAAGCCUUUCUCAACGGCUGCAUCCGCCAUCCGGACCUCAUGGUGAUGUUACGCAAGGGCGCGGACGGGCGCGUCAUCCGCUCGCGGCCGGUCGUGUGGACCUCGCGGAGGCGACACGCGCGGAGCCGGUCAGCGCUCGCGUCCAUACCAUGGGAGAAGACGCGUGAUGUUGUGCGCUGCCAGGACAGUAUCCUGGAGGAGGCGCAGCCGUCGGGGUGGAGCCACGAGAAGAUCGCAGACUGCUUGAUGGUCGUGCUCGUUGACGGCGGCGAGGGCAACAUGGCCGACUUUGUGCGUAAGCUGGUGGAUAUCUGGUGCGAGGUAUACCAUGUCAAGAAUAAGGAGGAGCUUUACUGCGCAUUGGAGACGCCGUUCGUAGAGGCCGGGGAGCUCGAGAAGUGCACGUGUGGCCGGCACGAGGUCUCGUUCACGCUGCCGACUGUGCAUGGAGACGUGAUGAGUGCGUAUGAGAGUUUAUGGGGGACGCCGCCACCGCCGUGGUUGGUGGAGAAUCCGAAUAGGUUCCGCCUGGCGACCAAUUCGUUUUGAACGAAAUCCCUUGUCAUCUCGACGUCGUUUUCAUUCCAUGAGAUAGUUUCCUUCACGACAAUCUACUUAUGAAAGCAACAACGCACUUGUAAUAGGAGUCAAAUAAUUAGUUGUGUAUAAUUCGUAUCAUAGCACCCCACCCCCUACUUUAGAUCAUACCCUGUUAUACCUACGCAUAACAUAGGCCAUGGGUGGUAAUCUCUUAUAUCUCGGCCAAUCCAGAUCCAUAGCAUUAU